GAGGAGGAGGAGGAGGAGCCAGAAGCGGGGGACUGAUGGGAGGAGGAAGAGAAGGAGAUGGCAAGGGGCAGGAACUCCAAAUCCGAUUGGAAUAGGUUACAGCUCAACACAACGCGUUAUCCAGCAGAGAGGGAAAGAGGCAGCCUCGCUCAGCCACGAAACUGCCUCGCCUCAGCAAGGGAACUGCCUGCUGCCCGUCACAGCCACAUUUCUGCUGUGGAUUCCGGAGGAGGAGGAGGAGGAGCCAGAAGCGGGGGACUGAUGGGAGGAGGAAGAGAAGGAGAUGGCAAGGGGCAGGAACUCCAAAUCCGAUUGGAAUAGGUUACAGCUCAACACAACGCGUUAUCCAGCAGAGAGGGAAAGAGGCAGCCUCGCUCAGCCACGAAACUGCCUCGCCUCAGCAAGGGAACUGCCUGCUGCCCGUCACAGCCACAUUUCUGCUGUGGAUUCCGCAGAGGAGGAGGAGGAGGAGGAGGAAGAGGAGGAGGAGGAAGAAGAGGAGGAGGCUGAGGAGUUGUGCCCGCCCGCUUUCAGGGAAGCUGCGCAUGAACCUGCGCCAACGAGGCUGCCAGCGUCUUCUACAAGGCUGCUCUCUGAAUUACAGCGACAGGGCACUUUGAGCAUGUGGAUUCUGUGUAUGCUUGAUCAAGUUCCGAGGCCACGCCUCAAAGGGAACUCUCCUAUUCGUCCUCGCUCUCUCCUCGUCGCCGUACCCCCCCAGGCACGCCCUUCACGAUGAGUAGCAGGCUCAGCGCAGUUGCCAUCUGAAAGGCGUGCCGGAUGCGAUGUCUUUGCCGCACGCGGAUCGUAAUAGCAGUUCCUGAUCACGCCGCGGAAGCUCCCAGGCACGCACCGCGACUGUUCGGGGCAGUGGUGAUGUUGCGACGAAGAUCGUUGCAGCCGAAACUCGCUCGCCACCUGCAGGGUGCAGCUCAGCGCGCACUUGCCUACGUAACCCGACGCCCUCCUGCUGCUCAGAAGUGCCAUGGGGCUAGAAGUCAAGCGUGCAAUGUGAAAACCCAAUGCAACCAACAAGGCCACCACAUUGAGGCCAGCCGGCACACAGCUAGUGCACAGCUGGGCGCACGCGGGCGUUGUAACAUGGCAGCGAAGAAGGAAACAAAAACGCGACGACGGUGCCCGCUGUGCUAAAACAACACGGCGUUGCGGGGGCCCCAUACCACCUGCGACGCUCGGCGUCUUAGCCCCAGCGGGUGGCACGCCGCCGAACUCACCGAGCAGGCGUGGCUUGGACAGCCAAUCCAGCCAACUCAUAAUUAUUCUGGUGGUAGGACACCGCACGAAAAUCGAUUUAAACCCCACUUUGGAUGUGGGAAAACACAGGACACUGUCUCACUCGCUGUUGGUCGUUUCUUUAGUGGCGUCACCCGCGCUGAACGUCAGCUGUUUUUGUACCACCACGGUGCUCAGAAGACCGAGCCACUGCACAAAUAACAUAUUUUAUCUUGUGCUCUGGCCCGCGUUUGUAGCGAGAGCGCAAAGACUGUCGAAGGUCCGACUUAAAACGAAGAGACUGGGCGAACAAACUUCUCUUCACAGUCCAAGGGCCGCAACAUCGUCGGCCAAACGCAUGGCUUCUUCCACAGGCCGUGGCCGAGAAAAACGACGCGCUGGUAUAGUUCUACGAACGGAAAGCACCAUUCAUUUAUAUGCACUUUCCAAGCCAUCCUCCUCUUCAACCUCCCAGUGAACAGCCUCGCCGCUGGCCGGCCCAAGACCGACCCAAAUCAUUUCAAAUGGGCCGGCCCAGGCGGCCGCGAUGGCGAGGUCGGCAAGGCCGCUGCCAGUGGUCCCAUUCCAUCUCGCUUCCUUAAGACGAAGCCAGGACGAAGAUAAAUCCGGGUGACAUUAACUCGAGGAUCUCUGAGAUUUGGGACUUCGACAACCUCCGAAGGGCAAGCUC